UAAAACCUUUCAUAUCUUUUCCUAUUUUCUACAAAGAUGCAGCAUCAUGCUGCAAUCUUGCUAACCUAUGAUGCUAUCCUGCGCAUGCGCACAAGAUAUUCAGCGUCGUUGCAUCAAAUGACGCCGUGAUGAGAGCCCCACCCCCGGCUCGAGGGUUUUGUAAAGGGUCACGUUGCGCUGCAGCAGUGAAACAGAAGACCACAUCGCAUCCUCUGCUCUCGGCUUAUCUUCUCUCUCUGCGUCCAGACACCCAACAGCCGCCACCAUGACUCACCAGUACCCCGCACUGACUGCUGAGCAGAAGAAAGAGCUGCAGGAAAUCGCUCAGAGAAUAGUAGCUCCAGGGAAAGGCAUCCUUGCAGCUGAUGAAUCUACCGGCAGCAUGGGGAAACGUUUGAAUCCCAUCGGGGUUGAGAACACAGAGGAGAACAGGCGUCGCUAUCGCCAGCUGCUCUUCACAGCCGACCAGCGCAUGGACAGCUGUAUCGGGGGGGUCAUCUUCUUCCAUGAAACCCUGUACCAAAACACAGACGAUGGCACUUCCUUCGCCAAACUCAUCAAAGAUCGCGACAUUGUUGUUGGCAUCAAGGUGGACAAAGGUGUUGUGCCCCUCGCAGGAACAAAUGGAGAGACCACCACUCAGGGUCUGGACGGGCUGUCUGAGCGCUGUGCGCAGUACAAGAAGGACGGUGCAGACUUCGCCAAGUGGCGCAGCGUACUGAAGAUCAGCGACACCACGCCGUCUGAGCUGGCUAUCUUUGAGAAUGCUAAUGUUCUGGCACGAUAUGCCAGCAUCUGCCAGCAGAAUGGUAUUGUUCCCAUUGUGGAACCUGAGAUCCUUCCUGAUGGAGACCAUGACCUGAAGCGUUGCCAGUACGUCACUGAGAAGGUCCUAGCUGCAGUGUACAAGGCUCUGUCAGACCACCACGUGUACCUGGAAGGGACACUGCUGAAACCCAACAUGGUCACAGCAGGACACUCCUGCCCCACCAAGUACAGCAACGAGGAAAUUGCAAUGGCAACGGUCACCGCCCUGCGCCGCACCGUUCCUCCAGCUGUCACAGGAGUGACAUUCUUGUCAGGCGGCCAGUCCGAAGAAGAAGCCAGCGUGAACCUCAACGCCAUCAACAACUGUCCGCUCGCCAAGCCCUGGGCCCUGACUUUCUCCUACGGCCGCGCCCUGCAGGCCUCCGCCCUGAGCGCGUGGAGGGGAGAGCCGAGCCACGAGAAGGCUGCCACCGAGGAGUUCUUGAAACGUGCUCAGGCAAACAGUCUGGCUGCGCUCGGCAAGUACGAGUCUUCUGGAAGUGGUACCGCCGCAGGACAAUCCCUCUAUGUAGCUAAUCACGCCUACUAGACAUGUCCUGAUUCAACUGUGGCCUAGUUAUAGUCUUCUAUCUGCUUCGCUAGUCCUCCUCACUCCUGCAUCAAUCAAAGGCCUGUAACUGUCUAUUAAAAUUAAAUGAUUAGAUAUGUGUAUUUAUUUAACCAAACAAAUCAAAACUGCUUUGAGACAAUUUAUGACUGAAGUGGAAAACUGUUUUAUGCCGUGUCGGAGAUCAAAAGUAAGAGGCUGAAAAUGUUAAUAGAUCAAGAUAAAAGACAGUAUUUAACUCAUGCCUCUUCGCAACUGCUGUUGUCUGCACGCCUGGUGCUGUCUCCCUGUCUCUCGCACAUGAUGCAUCUUAAGCCACUCCCAAGCAGGGAAGUGUGUGUUCGUGUCCGUGUUUGCUUCUGUCAAAACGCAGUAUUGGCUCAUCCUCAAAGCACUAUACUAGAUCCUCCCUGGCAGUGGGACCAACCAAUUAUUAGUGGCAUCAGUACAUCCGUUAAGGGACAGAGGACAAGACAAAUGCAAGGACGUUGACUUGCGACUGUCCAAAGGGCGCGGUGCUUGUUGUACUUUCAGAAAGCCUUAGCUCCAGCAGAGGUCAGUAGACUGUCACCAGGAACCAUCCUAACCUUUUUGUUCACACGCUUCUAAUCGCCACUAAUCAGAGAAACAUCAUGUGUGUCUAUUGUCCUUAUACGGUUAAUUGCAAUUACAUACAGUAAUUAAUGUAUUUAGUUGUGUGAAAGUGUCGAUAUUAUGUGAUGCUUGUGUGUCAUUCCCCUCCCCUUCCUGAUUCCUCCGGCCCACCCCACAGGAAGAGGAGAUGGUUUCUAUUGACAUAUUGUGGACCAAUUUGUGGGGUUAGCAGCAGGGAAACACUCACCGCUGUGUUGGGAUACUGUGAUGUUUGUGAUGUUAAUAUUGUUCUUAAAGCACUUGGUGUGUCAAAUAGUGGAGACAAACUAAAAAUAAAACUUUAAAAACUACAUGA